GGGCGAUGGCGGCGUCCGGGGAGCCCGGGAGGCGCUGGCCGGCGGUGGUGGUGGUGGGCUCCUGCAUGACCGACCUGGUCAGUCUUACUUCUCGUUUGCCAAAAACUGGAGAAACCAUCCAUGGACACAAGUUUUUUAUUGGCUUUGGAGGGAAAGGUGCCAACCAGUGUGUCCAGGCUGCCAGGCUUGGCGCAAAGACGUCCAUGGUGUGCAAGGUUGGCAAAGAUUCUUUUGGCAAUGAUUAUAUAGAAAACUUGAAACAGAAUGGCAUUUCUACAGAAUUUACAUAUCAGACUCAAGAUGCUGCUACAGGAACUGCUUCUAUAAUUGUCGAUGAUGAAGGCCAGAAUAUCAUUGUUAUAGUUGCUGGAGCAAAUUUAUUUUUGAAUACUGAAGACCUGAGGAAAGCAGCCAGUGUCAUUAGCAGAGCCAAAGUCAUGAUCUGCCAGCUAGAAAUAACUCCAGCUACUUCUCUGGAAGCCCUGACAAUGGCCCGCAGCAAUGGAGUGAGGACACUGUUCAAUCCUGCCCCUGCCGCCGCUGACCUGGACCCCCAGUUCUAUGCCCUCUCGGAUGUGUUCUGCUGCAACGAGAGCGAGGCUGAGAUUCUAACAGGCCUGACAGUGGGCAGCGCUGCGGAAGCUGGCCAGGCUGCCUCCGUGCUCCUGGAAAGGGGCUGCCCGGUCGCCAUCAUCACCCUUGGAGCUGGCGGAUGUGUGGUGCUGUCCCAGAAGGAACCCGUACCGAAGCACAUUCCCACGGAGAGAGUGAAGGCUGUGGACACCACGGGUGCUGGUGACAGCUUCGUGGGAGCGCUGGCCUUCUACCUGGCUUACUACCCAGAUAUGCCCUUGGAAGAAAUGCUCAGGAGGGCCAACUGCAUCGCGGCUGUCAGUGUCCAGGCUGCAGGGACACAGUCGUCGUAUCCACACAAAAAAGACCUCCCACUCACUCUGUUCUGAUGGCCGCUGACCCCAGGAUAGACAUGCCUGGAAAUAAAACGUGCUUGGGGGUGGCCACUCCCAGCUACCUUACUAGAAAA